GUCAGGGUACAUACCUAGAGACAGGAGACUUUAGCUGAGUGCAUUUCUCCAUAGCCCAUCGCUUCUUUCCCACGCCUCCUCCAUCCCGUGGAGGUCUCUUCUGGUGGCACUCCUCAGAGGGCUGAUGCUUCUCGGCACACUUGGCCUCCUGCAAACAGUGUCCGGGUGAGUGACGCAGGGACAGGGCUCUCAUCCCACCCCGCUGCCCAGCACUCCCCACGAGCCAAAUCCUGCACCCCCAAACUGCCUCUCAGUCCCCUCCCCAUGCCUGCCUGAGACGCUGAAGGGAAGGGGAAGAACUUCUCUAACCUUUCUGGAUCGAUGCUACAGCUGAGAACCAGCACAUCUCUGCACACCUAACGAACUUGGAGACGCACCCGGGCAGAGUGAUGGGCAGCGCAGGCCAGAGGCUGACCGCUCUGCCUCAUGGCCGGAUCGCCCCGCAGGACGCCCUGCUGCUGACCAGCCUGGAGAAGCCCCCUGCUGCACAAGACCCUGAUACCCAGAGCUGGAGCUCCCUGGACAGCCCCAGCCCCCCUGCCACACCCGAGCAGACUCUGCCCACUUUCUACCUCCACUACUUCGAUAUGCUCUACUCAGAGGACACCAGCUGGGUGCCCAAGGGCCUGGGGGAGACUCCUCAGGGCAGCGACCAAGGGGGCAGGGGCGAAGGGCAGAAGGAGCCAGAGCAGUGCCCCAUCAUCGACAGCCAGGGCUUGGGGCUGAGCCCCGACAUGGACUACCAGGAGAGCCUCCACUUGGAGGAGCACUCACUGGAGCAGGUGCAGAGCAUGGUGGUGGGCGAAGUGCUAAAGGACAUUGAGACGGCUUGCAAACUCCUCAACAUUGCAGCAGAUCCGGCAGACUGGAGUCCAGGAAAUGUCCAGAAGUGGAUCCUAUGGACCGAGCACCAGUACCGACUGCCCCAGAUCGGGAAAUCUUUCCAGGACCUGUCUGGGAAGGAUCUGUGUGCCAUGUCAGAGGAGCAGUUCCGUCAGCGCUCCUUGGUGUGUGGGGACGUGCUGCAUGCCCACCUGGACAUCUGGAAAUCAGCUGCCUGGAUGAAGGAGAAGGCUGCACCCGGAGAAAUGCGGUACUGUGCGGGUGACGAGAGCUGGACGGAUAGCGAGGUGGACUCCUCCUGCUCAGGCCAGCCCAUCCACCUGUGGCAGUUCCUCAAAGAGCUUUUGCUGAAGCCUCAUCACUAUGGACGGUUCAUUCGCUGGCUCAAUAAGGAGAAAGGCAUAUUCAAGAUUGAGGACUCUGCCCAGGUGGCUCGUUUAUGGGGAAUCCGGAAGAACCGGCCCGCCAUGAACUAUGACAAACUGAGCCGCUCCAUCCGGCAGUAUUACAAGAAAGGGAUCAUCCGGAAACCUGACAUCUCCCAGCGCCUGGUCUACCAGUUUGUACACCCUGUCUGAGAAAGGGGCAGGAGCAGGGGAAUGGACUGACUUCCCGGUGGGAUCCCUGUAACCACAGCACCUCCCACCCCCUUCCAAAAAAGAGAUCCACCUUUUGAAAAUAAAGAUGAAGUCUAGGGUUGUGCAAGAGGCUGGAAAUUCAUCAAACUUGCUGGAUGAACUUCAGAGCUUCCAACCUCCCCCAGACUACAAAGAAUGUGUGUUGGGGGAAGAACCCCCACCUAGCAAUGGACUGCCUGUGAAAUAGAGUGUAUACAUUUAAUUCUGGGGCCAAUGAGUUUGUGUAGAAAGCCCCCUUCUCCCUCUAAAGCUGCGGUGUGAGGGAACCACGUGAGGGAGGCACAACAAUUGGGUGGGGUGGGGGGUGGGGACUGAGGGGAUGCUGCCUGGAAGCAAUGUCGAACCAAUAGAAGUUACAUAUGACUGUUGUGGAUGAGGUUCAUUUUUCCCCGCCAGCUUUUCAAGUCUUUGGCGGUGCAGGAGGCACCACUAGACCAGAUGCCACUUAGCAGAGAUUUAUGGCACAUUGGAGGUCAUGCAGCAAAGCAACUGGGUGUAGAACCCAGGAGUCCUGCCCAUGCAUGGGAACAUAGGAGUUAUCAUACUGCAUCAGACCACUGGGCCUUGUUUCUGACCCUGGCCAGUCACCCCUGCUUUAGUGAAAGGUGCCGGUAUCCCUGCAGUGAUGGUAACUUGUCCCCAGGGGAAGUUCUUCCUGAUCCCCAUCAGGUAGAGAUGGUCGUGUACCCUGAAGAUUGAUAAGAGCCUCACCCACCCACAUACCCCACAACAUCUAGUGAUAAUCAGAUUUGGCCUCUCUUCAUCAAUGCUUUCCCCUUCCAGGUGGGGAGCUUGAGUUGUCCUGAAAUAUCCCAAGGAUAUUGUCAUGGCAAUUCUACCGGUCUUGCUUUUUCCUGGUCUGAAGCCGUUCUCUGGGCAUGGAUAAGAGGUAAUUCCCCCCGCCUUCCAGCCAGUCCAGAGCCUUUCUUUAAUGGGACAACUCCCCCACCAAUACCCUAACUGAAAUCUGUUCCUUAAAGGGGCCAUCUUCUAUCCUUCCCUGAGCUAGAAAAGUAGCUGAUCAGCCCAGUCAUUAGUUGGCGAUGCCUCUUCUUGGUGGGGGCAAGGAUAGAAUGAUAGCCAGAAAGUGCUUGCCACUAAGGCAGUUUCUCCCCACAACACUUGCUAUAUGCAUGUGAUCAACUAGGCAAUGCCUCCAGCCUUGUGUGGCAGCGUAGGGAUACCCCAGUGUGGAAGGGCUCUGCGAGCCGGCAGAGAGCAGCAAUGCUCUGGUGUAGACGACUGCCAGAAGGUCUGAGGUUAUCGGCUGGAGAUGCUGCAGCUGAAGCGUUUGCCUCCCUCAUUGCCUCAUUUGGAGGUGGGUAGGCAGUAGGAAGCAGUGGAAUUGUCCAGUAGCGUGUGAUGCUGGGUUAGCAGCUGCAUAACUGGCUGGUUUGUCCAAGAACCUCUCAAGCGUCCUGCUUCUCUUCCUUACGGAGAAGCAAUUCUGAAGAACGUGCCUUGCUGUAUCUGGAAAAUCGCUUCAACAAGUUCAUGAUGUCCAACUGGCCCUCUGAGACAUGCAGUGAGCAACUUCUCUUUUUCUGGGUGCCAUUUUAAUGCAUCAGGACUAGAUUCUGAACUUAGGCCGGUAUAAACUGGGAGUAACUCUCUGAGCUUCAGCCGGGUUACUAUGGAUUCACACCGGUGUAAAUGAGAUCAGAAUCUGGCCCAAAUGUUGUUUUGGAGUCAAGUUCUGCUACCUCCUACCCCAGUUCAUCUCCCAUUGCCUUUGGCAAGAGCAGCACCAGCUGUAAACCAAAGACAAGCAUGGCUGAUCGUGGGGUGGGCUCUAACUCGGGGAUUGCCUAACUGGGCCAAACCCUGGCCACCUGACUCGGAUCUGAAGCGAUUGAACUAGCUAGUUUCUGGUGCACAGUUGAAUGGGUGCAGUGACCAUUUUAGGGCAUUGUGUGUGAAAGGACAAAGUCACCCAUGCGCAGGAUGUGAGAGAGGCUCAUUUGAAAGGAAAGACAAUAGGAUCAUACACAGCAGCCUUCUGCCAGGGCUCACGCUGACCCAAAGCUGGGACACCCUGGCACUUGGAUGCAUGAGAAGGCCAUCUGGCUGAACAGCAGGGUAAUACCGAAAAGCUCUUGUGGGAAGCAUGGAGUCAGCAGGCUGUGUAGUAUGUUGCUUUGCCUGCUGGACAGGUUGCUGUAUCAUCUUUCUGCUCAUUGGCCAAUCUCCUAAACAAGAGUAGAUUGCAAACAGAAUGGGACCAGUAUAUCUUGCAUCCCUUCUGUGCUACCCCACUGGGGACAAAAUGAAGGCCACUGGGCAGGUUUCCCUUCCUCACCACAACUUGUGGUGUUUAUGCCCCAGUUGCGCUAGUUACUUUCCUAGCAACACCAUCAUCCUGUUUGUGAGAAAUCUGCUGCCUAUCCUGGGCAAGCCAAGACUGGAGAAAGAUCCAACCUGCUGUUGGAGCACAGAGUGAUUAAAGGUGGGUAGAGUGGAGCACAACAACUGGGUUGGCUUUUGGUGACCAGAGGUUGAGUUUGUUUUCUAUUAAUUCAACUGGUGAUUAAGGGAAUUCACUGGUGUUGGAAAGGGGCUGGGGAAGAAAGCCUGAAGACUGACAUUAUAGCCUGGGUACUAACAAGAAAAUUAGUAACUUUCUUACCCCCAUACUUCCAGUUUCAGUCCUGAUCUGGCAGUCCCACCACUAGCGUUGACUAAGGAAGUCAUUCUCCAUCUGAUAUGGGCUCAAGCUGCAGACUUUGGAUCCAGAUUUCAAAGUCCCCAAGGUGUUUGAAUCUGGGCUUUUUGAUUCAGUGCAUUAUAAAGAAUGGACCCAUUUGCGAAACUCAGAUCAAGAUUUGGAUUCCGACCUCCACCUGCAAAAUAGCCAGCACUUCAGCUCUCCUGUAUGUGCUCUCUCUGCCCCAGUCAGUCUUUCUGCUCAGACUGCCAACUAUGAACCAGUUGUGAUGGCUGUUCAUGUGCUGUAUGGACACCUGUCUACUAGGAACUAGACAGAGACUCACUAAACUCAUUUCCUACCAGUGCUCAGGACUUUCUUGACUGCCUUAGUCUUGUACCUGUUUUUAAAGGCAUUAUUAUUUGUUUUUUACACCUCUGCAGUUUACUCCCACUGGGAAACAAAUCAACAGAAGCUGACAAGAUUAUAGUACAAUAGAACUUGGGCAGAGGGUAGAGGAUUGUUUAAACUGUACAUUUCAUAACAGGCCAAGUUACCUGGUAAUGUUGAUCUUUUAUAUUACAGUUUAUUUGUUUUCUUUUGGUUUUGGCUGAUGAGACGUUGUGGUUUAGGUUCAAAUGAAGAGUUUAGAAGGGAGACAAGGAUAUCUGUAAAAGCCUUUGGAAGAGUUUAAAGAAAAAUGUAUAUACAUGUUUUAUUUUGGUUUUUGUUUUUUAACUUAAAAGAGCUGCCUGUGUUGGCUGCUGCCUUUGUAUUUCCUUCUGAUAAUUUUGUAUUGUUUACAUGUCAGAGUAGGAGCUCAAGUGCUUCUUAGAUUCCCAGCAUAUGUUGUAUCUCAUUGCCUUGAAGUUCUGAUUCCUUGCGGGGGCGGGGAGACAGCUUUGUAUCUUCUGAAAAACCAUGAAAGUUGUGCCAUGUGAUUAUUUGUGUGUAUAAUGAAAAGGGGAAAAAUUGAUGUGAACCACGUGGCUAAUAGACCCCCCCCAGCCGAGGAUCGGUCCAGUAACCUCCUCUCUAUUACAAUGAACAAUGGUCUAGUCUGUUUUGGGGUUGUUUUUUUUCAGUUUGCAGUGGAAAGGGUGUAUGCGGAUAUGU